AUGCGCCGAGGCGGCCGCCGCUGCCGCAGGCCGCAUUUCGCGCGCAAGAAAGGGCAACCGGCGCACCGCCGGUAUCUGCGGCGGACAGAACGCCAACGAAGACCACUGCUGCGCGGCUCGAUGACGACCGACCGAGCUGAAUUAGUUAACACGCGGGAUGUGUUCCGAGCUGCCGUACAAGCGUUUACUGGCUUCGUCCGCUGGCAUCUUGUGCUCCGGGUGAAGAUCUGGUUCCAGAACCGGCGCACCAAGUGGAAGAAGCAGGACAACAUCAGCAACGCGGAGGCCGCCGAGCACAAGAACCAGGCGACGGGCAAGCCAGAGGCCGGCGCCGCCAAGCCCAAGGAGGGCGCGCCUGCCAAGCCGGCGCAGCCGGGGGCCAAGGCGGCGCCGUUGGCUGCGCUGCCCGGCGCCAAGCUGGGGGCGGGGGGCGGCGCCGCGCCAGCUCCCGCGCCGUCCACCGGAGGCGGGGGGCCCGCGGCCGCUCCAGCGUCGCUGCCGUCGCCCAGCAGCGGGGAGGACCACUCCAACGCGUCCGUCUUCACGGCCGGCGACGGCUCCGCCUCCGAGUCGUGCUUCGGCGACCCCACGCAGCCGCCGCCCCCGCCGCCACCGCACCACGUGCUGACGGUGAGCGUGCAGGACAACAGCCGGUCGCCCACCGUGUCGCCGCCCAAGACGCCGGCGCUGAUGCAGAUGUCCGCUCCGCUGGCGCAGCCCGAGCUGAUGGAGGCGCCGCGGCCCGUGUCGCCCUCCAGCUAA